CACCCUCUACUCAGUCUGCUCAGGACACAUUACAAUUUCAUCAUGAGCACUUCCAGAAUUUUCGCCGCGCAUAACCGCCGCCUAAUAAUCAUGGUAAUCCUACUUCACUCUAAGUGGGUAUACCUACAUUUCCUUCUAUUUAAGGGCUACCUCCAACUUUUGACAUUUUUCUCUUCGCCCUCUUCCUUUAUUCCUCUGUGCACUAUAUUGUAUUCAAACUUUUUGCCUUUCUCUUUUUAUCUCUCGUUUGACCUAAAUUUAACAUUCGUUCCGUUUUGAAGAGCCAGUCUGGCUUCCUGCCCUUCUCCCUCAAAAUCAUAUCUUAAUACGGAAUCUCCGCUAUGGGUGCUUCAGCUCUUCGUGGCUCCAGGAAAAAGACUGUUCUUAGCCCUGAACACUAUCGACAACAUCGUCGAGAUCUGGAAAACACAGGCGUUUUUCAGAAACGUCACGCCAAAUCAACGAAGAACAAC